UUAUUUUGAGUUUAAUUGUGUUCUUUUUAUAUCUAGUUAUCUAGAUACCAGUUAUGAUUGGUCGUGACUCUAUUAUGACCAACGAGUAAUAUUUAGUAUACCUAAUCAUGUGUGUUUUGUCAAUCUUGACAAGUUUUGACUCCAUGAAAUUUCCUUUUCUUUUGAACUUGAAUAUUACGCAGAUUACGUUGGUUUUUCGUACAUUUAGUAUACCGAUUAAAAGUGACAUGUUCAAUGAAAACUGAAAAAUAAUAUUUUGCUGAAUAAAAGUCAAGUUGACAAAAGAAAUUCAUUUUUAUUAUAAAGAAUAUAAUGUGAACGUUUAUAGUAUAAAAAUUACUAAUGCACAUAAAGUUAAUCAUAUAAGUUGAUAAGCUUUCCUUGUACGAAUACUGUUAGUAUUUAAAAAAAAAAAAAGGAACAAGAUGCUAAUAAUGUUCAUAAUAAUUCAAAAUAUUACAUAGUAUGCGGAAUGUAAAAUAUACUGCAUGUUAAUAUAAUAUUGUUCUUACUUUUUUGAUAUGUACAAACAUACCAAAAAAAAUAUGGAAGGAGGAAGAAAACCAAUUAAACAGAUGAGGAAAUAAUUACAAUUUGUAAUUAAUAUUUACAGUCUUUAAUAUUAAAUAUUGAUUAAACAAUAAACAAAAAAGAUGCAAAAGUUCAAGCAAGCUCAAGUAGAAAAUAAAAUAUCUAUUAAAAGACAUUUAGAAGCAAAUGCUUCUCUUGAUUCGUCUAGUGAAGAUGAUGACAAUAUUUGUGAUGAAGAUAUACAAAGAACCUUGGGAGAAGUUAUAUCGGCUUAUGAAGGUGAACAAUUGAACACAGAAAAGAUCAUAUCAUAUUUGAUUAAUACUUUUCAAUCAGGUGGUGCAAUUUGUUUAAUAUGUAUUUCAACAGUAAAGAAAGCAGAUCCAAUAUGGAACUGCAAUAAAUGCUAUUCUUUUAUGCAUUUAACAUGCAUCCUACAUUGGAUUCGAGAUACUCUAGCUCAUAAACAUGAACAAGGAAUUAUGCCAACUUGGACGUGUCCAAAAUGUAGAACAGAAUAUGGAGAAGAUCAAAUUCCAAAAGUAUAUAAAUGUUUCUGUAAAAAAGUUGAAAAUCCAUCUUAUCAAACAUGGUUUAUUCCACAUUCCUGUGGAGAAACUUGUGGGAAACUUUUAGAACCUAAAUGUGGACAUAAGUGUGUAUUGUUAUGUCAUCCUGGACCAUGUCCUCCUUGCGCAAAAACAGUAGUAAUUAAAUGUUAUUGUGGAAAGCAACCUGUUCGUCCAAUGCGUUGUAAUACAAAUGGUUGGAGUUGCAAUAAUAUAUGCAAUAAAAAAUACGAUCAAUGUAAGCAUACUUGUAAGGAAAUUUGUCACGCUGGAGAUUGUCCACCAUGUUUAGAAACUCUACUAAUGGAUUGUCGUUGUAAAAGCAGCAAACAAAUCAAGAAAUGCAAUGAAGCUACUUGGAUUUGUGAUAAGCCUUGCAAUAAGUUAUUAUCUUGCAAAUUGCAUACCUGCGAAGGUAUCUGUCAUUCUUCCGAAGAUUGUGGAGAUUGUCCUAAGAAAUUUAGAACUUGUCCCUGUGGAAAGGAACAGUAUACAGUUUCAUGUAAGGAACAGCAAGUACCGAAAUGUGGAAACACUUGUGGAAAGUUACUGAAUUGUGGUUUACAUUAUUGCAACAUGAUAUGCCAUUUAGAACAAUGUGGUCAAUGCUUGGAGAUGAUCAUAAAAUCAUGUAGGUGUGGGAAUUUUACAAAAGAAAUAGCUUGUGGAAAGGAAUUUCAUUGUAAUAAAAAAUGUACACAAAUGAGACUUUGUGGAAGACAUUUAUGCAAUAAAAAAUGUUGCGAUUGUUUAGUAAAAAAUACCUCUAAUAUAUGUGAAAAAGUAUGUAACAAUCUUCUUAAUUGUCAGAAGCAUAAAUGUCCAGCAGCAUGUCAUAGUGGACCUUGCUAUCCAUGUGUUCGUACCGAUAUAAUUCAAUGCAGAUGUGGUAAUAAAAAAAUAAGAGUACCUUGUGGCACAAAAAAAAAGAUUAAACCACCUCCUUGUAAUAAGCCAUGCAAAAUACCUUCUAUUUGUAUUCAUCCAGAGAGAGAGAUUCACAAGUGUCAUCAAGGACCUUGUCCACCAUGUAAAAAAAUAUGUGGUUUAAUUCACAAAAAAUGUGGACACAAUUGUUUAGCUGUUUGCCAUAGUAAGGUUUGGGUCAAAAUUAGCUCAAAUAGUACACAAGGGCAACCCAAAGGUCCAUGGGAAAAACAAAAAGAUACAUUGGAAUUAAAAACAUUGCCAUGUCCACCUUGCGAAGUUCCUGUUGAAAUAGAAUGUUUAGGUGGACACGAAACACGUAUAUUGCCUUGCUACAUUGCAAAAACUGAUUCUUGUGGAAGAUCUUGUGGUCAAUUACUGCAAUGUACCAAUCACACUUGUGAAUUAACAUGCCAUACUGUAAAAUCACCUGAAGGAAUCAUUGGUAAUACACAAUGUAUGCAAUGUGAAAGGCCAUGCUCGUUUGCACGGCCCAAUGGAUGUUCUCACAAAUGUUUAAAAUCUUGUCAUCCUGAAUCAUGUGAUUUGUGUCAACAAUUAGUACGUGUUUCUUGUCAUUGUGGCAUUAGUACUUUAUAUAGACGUUGUAUAGAUCUAAUAUCCGCAACGAUAGAACAACGUGAAGAGCUAUUAAAGUGUGGAAAUCAAUGUCCAAAAAAUUAUCCAUGCGGCCAUCGGUGUAACGAUAUUUGUCAUCCUGGAUCGUGUAAAAAGCAGAAUAUAUGUAACAAGAAAGUAAAAGUAUGGUGUAAAUGCAAACGCAUUAAAAAGGAAUAUGUUUGUUCCGUUAUACAAGAAAAGCAAAUUGUAGUUGAAUGUGACAAUGUUUGUCAGUCACUUAUAUAUCAAAAAAAUGAGGCCAACAAAAUCAAAGAAAUACAACGUCAACGUGAAGAACAAUUGCGAAAUCAGGAAGAAAUAGAAAAAUUUCAAAGGAAAUUUAAGCCACGACGAAAAGCAAAGGAUAAAUCGAAAAACAAAUUGUCGAAUUCAAAAGUGGAAAAUAAUAAAAUAUACAAAUUUCUUUUGAUAUCGAUUUUUAUAGCUAUCGUGAGUAUUGUAGUGAUUUAUGCGAAUAUAGUUUAUUUCGAUAUAAAAAGCUUUGAAAUUAGUAACAAAGAUUGAAAUUUGUUCUGAUGAAUGUGUAAUUUAUCAAUAAUAAAUGAUUGUACUGUA